ACCUGCCCACUCCUCCUCCUCCUCCUCCUCCUGCGCUGCUGGGAGGUCGGGACUCCCUCUUUAUCGCUGCUGCCAUGCAGCGGUCCGUCAGUGUGCCAGCAGUCAGCGCAGAGCGCAGAGCGCAGCGCACCGCUGAACAGACCGUCUGAGACACAGAGCAGCUCCAAACCUUUAUCGGGAUUUGAAAGACAACAGGAGAGGAUAAACUGAGCGAACACGGGGGGUUCCAUGCAGGUGAGGUGAGGACAAGGACACGAUCUGCAUUUGCCCCAUCUGUCCGUCGACAAACUAAGUGCCACGGUGCCGGCCACCCUCAAGUCACCUCAGCCACGACGGGCAACAAACAAGCUCACCUCAGACAGCCGGCACAAAGCAAAUAUCUGAGACCAGUAUAUCUCAUUUCUUCAAGCCGCUGUCUCUGAAAGAUCAACAGCAGAAGAAGGGUGUUGUUGGGAGACAGAAAGAGAGAAGAAAAAGUGGGGGAGGAAAAAGUAACCCUUUCAAAGUGCUCCCUGCCUGCUAUUUCUGCUGCGCUGUGGGCAGGCAGCGUCUCAUUUGGGAGUGAUCUUGGCUGACAAAAAAAGGACUUUCCUGUGCCCUGCCUACCGAUCCAAAUGCCUGCAUAAAUACUGGAUAGAGAUAUCAUUUUGUCUGGGCUCUGACACUGCCCAACAAAGAGACUCUAGGCUAUCUAUAGAAAACAUUACACCAAACUUUGACUCUGCGGUGUCCUGGAUCACUACCUAUCUAUUACCCUUCAAGGAGUGUUCAAGAGCUGUGAGAAAGUGAGUGAGAGUUGGCAGUUUGCAAACUAUUUAAACUCUCCUUAGAAGUAUUUGUAACAAAACCCACAACUGCUCCCUGGGGGACGCCAGAAAUCAGUCAUUCAGCGCCAACAGUUUUGAUGUCUGCCUCAGUUCAGUGAAUCAACAUGAAGCCCCUAACACCAAUUGGAUCCCCCUCUCCUCUGAGGCUCCUCAACAAGGGUCCAGACUACCUGCGCAGGCAGAUAGAUGGUGGAGGCAACGGACGCUCAAUCAGCGCGGUGGAGAGACUUGAGGCGGACAAAGCCAAAUAUGUGAAGAGCCAGCAGGUGAUUAACACCAAACAGGAGCCUGUGCUAGUGCCCUGUGCCACCCCACCACCGCAGCCCCGAAGAGCCUUUUCCACCACUGGCAGCAUGACACCUCAUCUUCCCCCUCGCCGGUCCUCAAACACCGCCUUCUCUACACUCUCUGGAUCCUUCACCUCAAGAGAUGAAAAUGAAAACGAUGACUCGAGGAAGGAGAACAGACGGACUUCGGUUGACGUUGAAGCGCACAACAGGAGCAAUGUGAACAAAAUGCUGCCCCCCAACCCAAGGACUCCUGGGAAAAAUAUUUUAGUAGCACCUCACAGUGCUCCUGUUCUCAGAAGAAGCACCGGUAAACGCAUGCUGAGGCCGGACUCCCUCCUCAUUUACAGGCAAAAGAAAGAGUGCAAAAGUCCCAGUGGGGCAGCAGAGGGAGAGAGUAAUAACUCAGAACUGAAGGGUUAUAGUUUUGUCCGCCGCCUCUUCCAGGGCUCCAUGAGGGAGAAGAGUAGCAGCGGUGAAGGAAAAAUCCAAAAGAUGGUGAUCGGUGAAGAGAAAGCACCAUCACGGGAUGGAGAAUCCCGCAUGUCUUGGACCAACGAAAAGGACACUACUGAUGCUGGACUAGUGAGCCGGAGGUCUAGUAAAACUGACCAAGAACGCAGCCCAGGGUCCAUCCCAAGCCCUGGGACUGGCUGUACACUUGAACUAACAAAGACUGGAGUUACAAAUGGUACCAAUGAUGGAGACAAUGAUGGUAUCACCACCAAUGGCAACCACUCAAGUAAACCUGAUGAUCAGAACGACCCCUGGAAGAGGGCGUCGCCGCAGCCAGCACCCAGAAGGCGGUUUGGGGAGUUGCAGCGGUCAAAGUCAGAUCUGCGUCUUCGAGGCUCAGUAGCACUAUCAGAGCAGGAGCAUUUCUUUGACUUCUGCGGGUUGGACAUGGACAUGAUAGACCGCCUAGGUCGAGAUAACUUCCUCUCUGGUGCCAGCUCCAUAGACACGCUGUCGUUGGCGCUCCGCAGUGUUGGAGGGGACGGCUGUGGGGGCUCGGAGCCCAGCGAGUUCUCCCGACACUCAGGGGACGGGUUGUUUCAGGAGGAGCUGGCUGAUCAGAUUCCCACUGGAGUGUCAAUAAUUGAGAGGAAUGCUCGGGUCAUAAAGUGGCUUUACGGGUGUAAGAAUGCUGCUCGAGAGGGACCCAAAGAGUCUACUGUUUAAUACGGGGAGGAGGAAGCAUGUGCUGUGGAUCCUGAAGGUUUCUUUUCUGAUAAAACAGUUAACCAAGAGACUUGAACGUCCUUAUCUAGAGAGAAAAAAAACAACCAGUGCAAUCACCGGAUGUUGCAUUCAGAUCUUGACCCCUUUGUGCUGAAAUUUGCAGCUGAAACGCUCUUCAAACUAAAAGUCAAAGCACUGAAUCAUCACUGAAUCCAGUAUGGGCUGUGAUUGGCUCGCAGCCUCGCCACAAUGCAUCACAGAGAGCAAAAAAGGACUCUGUUCUAGUUGGGUUUUUUUCCCACAAGCAUCAAUGCAAGUCAAAGCUGCUGAGCUUCACAGAGCGGCGCUGUGAUGAAAUGUGAUUUUCUUUAAAUCUCAAUGAGAAUCCAUUCACUUAGGCUUUGUUUCAGGCUCUGAUUCCUGCACAAAGGGUUCACAUUUCACAGCACAUGAUAACCAAUGCUCCCCAUGACUCCUCCAAAGAGACUGCUUCUUUAAAUGAAAGAACAACUGCUACUAGUUUUAUCUUGUCAAAUUGAUAUAUUGUAUUUAUAGAUCCUAUGGAAGUAUUAUGUGGGUGAUAAAGACAGAUGACUGAAACAACUUCUUCCUGCCAGAUGUUUUGGUAUUUGUCUGUUUGUAUGGCUGUGUUAAGAGUGGACUUUGGAGUCCUCUCCGUUUGUAUUUUAUUUUUAUUUUCAGUUAGUGACUGAACUGGAACAAACACUGAUCUGGAAUCAGCCCCUGUGACCCCUCCCAAGGCACAUACGUGUAUGUCAGAGUCAACUCAACAACUCUCUAUUAAUGACUAAAUUAAAAUGGAAAACCACUAAGCUAUGUUUUAUUCUGAACUGGAAAAAUGUUGUGUGAGUGUGAAGUGAACCAUGAGUACCUCAUUCAAAUCUGUCCCAGUUUAGUUUGUGUGUUGCAUUUUUUAUUUUUUUUUAUUUUACUCCUUAAACGCAGGCGUUGGAACAAACAUGCGAGACGCCCCUGUGGGGUUGUUAAUGCACUGAGCUGGAUAGAGGGAGAGGAAAUGAAAGAUGGAGAUAAAGCUUUAACUGUUUGCAGAGACUCAUCUCAUUUAAUAUUAAACACUGAGCUGGAUUCACCUACAUCACUGAAGAUGAGGAUCCAUGCCUGGCCAGUCAAUUUCAUCAUUUCAUCUCAUUUUCCAAACCCUAAAGAGGGUCAGCUCUCUCACAGUAAACACGGUCCAAUAAUCACUCGUGACACAGUUAUUGAUUAACAGAGCUAAUGUUUCCUGCUUGUUCAGUGCUCACAGAUGUUAAAGGGCAGCACACUGCAAAAACUCCAAUUACAGCAGGAGUGUUUGUCUUAUAUCUAAUCAAAAAUAUUUCAUUAGACUUAAUACAAGCCGCAUUUACAUUACAAGUCCAGAUAAACAUCUUAUAUCAAGUUAUUAUGAGCAACAAAUAAGGCCGGAUUUUUUUUGUGAAAAGCAAAAAUAUCUGCCAAUGCAGUCAGCAAAAUUCCUGUGUUUCUUCAAAUAAGACAUUAUUCUGAUCCAAGAAACAUAAAGCUCCUGUGUGGCACUUUUGAUUUCAGUACAUUUCAGUGCCCCCUCCAAACCAAGUGAUACCUUCAAUCCCUUUUAUCCCUAUUCUAACUGUCAAAUCAUGAAGAGCAUUAAGUUUUUUUUUUUGUUUUUUUUUUAAAGCCUGGUUUGGAGUAGAUCACGUUGACAUCUACCCCCUGGCAGCAGUUUCAGACAUUAAAACCAUUUAAAUUAUAGUCAGUCUUCACACUGGUGGUCCUGUUUGCUUUUGUAGGUAAUAAGAAGACAUCUGUAGUCAUUUCAGUCUGUUUUAUAACCUGUUAAAAAAUCCACACAGGAGCUUUAAAAAGUACCAUAUAAUCUGGAAUAUAAAUUGCCUUGCAUAAAAGACAGUUUUGAACUGUGUUCCUGUCUGAACUUGCAACCAGCAAUGUGCAGUAGCUCUGCAGAUGUGUAGCUCUUUCUAGCACAAUCCAUUUUCCCCACCAUGCUAGCUCAUUCGGUAGUUGAGCUCAGCCUACUGUAGCAUGGUUUGUCGUGAGGUUUGGGUCUGCCCUUUACCCCCUCCUCUGGUCACAUGUCUAAAUUUAAGAGUCCUUUUGAUCAAGUCUGGAUCCAGCAUGCUUUGCAUUGAAGUGGCUGUUUGCUUUUUCAAACACCAUCUUCUGGGGCAAAUACGGUAAAACAAUAGGUAUUAAAAGUGCGUCUUAUACACUGAAUAUUAAAGUACAUUUUUCUUACUACUAUUGCAUAUAUUUCUACUCAUUACAAAUAAUUCAGGCCUUAUUUUCUUGAAGUAAUUUGGUUAUUCGGACCUGACUUGCUUAUGUUAAGUGUAUAGAGAUACUUUUGAAUUGAAAUAAGACAAACACACUCGCUGAGAUUUUAGUUCUUGCAGUAGAACUGACAACUAGGAAAGGAUCCUGUGAGUGCACUUUUGAAGAAAAUAACACAUUAAGACUUUCUAUCUCAUUAAAAGCAGUUUCAAAUAAGAACAUCUCAUGAACAAUAUAUAACCACUGAAAGUUAAAAGGUGUUCGAGUUGUCAAACCCUUGCUGUGCAAUGCUUCAGGAUGUCACUUUCACCAUCUGGCAGACGUUUAACCUUCAUAGCUGGCUCAGUCAGCCCUCCUCCCUGCUCCCUCUGAUAACCACAGAUCCUACCUCACUCCAUCCAUCCUUCAGUGAUUCUCACUUUAUCUCCAUGAAAGGUCAUUUCCAUCGCUUGGCCUGGAGGAUGCCACUGAAAUAUGACCUGAGGGUCUGCUGAGGUAUGCGGAGGUUAGACUGAGAGGCGUUCAGGGUACGUUAUAUUUGAACAUGUGAUAAAUUUACACAAUUACUUACUGCUUCAGAAAGUUUCUUUCUGUAUUCAUCAUCAGAAUGGCACACUCCUGACACAACCUGGACUUUUGUUUCCCAAUAAACCAUUUGGUUGCAUGUUUACAAAGAAGCUCCAUUAAACUCAGAAUCACUUUUUUUUAUUUGAGAUAAGAGAGAUUUAUCUUUUAUUCCAAAGACGUUUGUGUAUGAUGUACACAGCCAAUAAACACAAAGAGAAAAUA